AGAAUUAUCACUGCCAUGUUAGGCAAUCACACCUAAAAUCCAGUCACGUAUAGUUAAUGUCCGUAUUAGUCCCAAGUAAGCUGACGUUAAAUGGUCGGGGGAAAAGGCCGACUGGUCUGGACCACUGGCCGACGUGGCUCUGAGAGGUGCUGCCGUAGGAAGCUAUGAGCUAGUAAUUUCGUCCUUUGCUGGUCAUCUCAUCCUUCCAUGGACCCAAUUUUGACGUCUGCCCUGUUAACAUGAAACAGCUGAUUCUGUGGAUACACCUGAAUGCGCUGUAUCCAGAUGUCUCUCCUGAAGGACAGCCCAAUGACGUCCAAGUCUUCACUUCCAUAGCGGAAGGCACAAGCAAGGAUAACAUGCAUCCACCCCCUCCACCCCACCCUACUUCACCCACCACUCCCCUCCUGUGAGGAUGGAUUAAUGCUUAGGAUGGAAAAGCCCGUGAGGGAACUGCAGCUGGACAUAACCGUGAUUUGCACUCUGAAGAACCGCUGGAGACCACGCCAGUGCGGACGGGACUCUUCUGACAAGACACACAAGCCAGCACACAAACAUCCAGCAUGAAAGUGAGACCCCUGGAUUAGCCCACAUCCAGCCAGACACACUCUAAAUGGAAUCUGGGCCUGGAAGAAGCAAAGACGACUGCAGUCAUCAGCUGAACUUUUUGGAGGGUGUUCCUAUUCCCUUAUAUGGAAACAGAGCUGAGAAAUCAUUUGAAUUAGUCUGGUUUCUGUUGCAUGCCUGUCUGGUUUUAGUGCUGACUGAGUUCCAUCUGGUAUGUUUCUCUCUCUGCUGUGUGUGUGUGUGGGUCCCGUGUGUGCGGCUUGAUUUGUUUGUUUUGCCUUCUUAGUUCUUCUUUUCCUGUUGUUUGCAUGUGGGGUUUUUGUUUUGGGACAAGAGGAGGGCUUGUGUUUGUGGUUAAGCUAGAGGCACCGUCAUUGCCUCAGGGCUGGCUGCUUCAUUCAGACUCUGCAGUACCUAUUGCUGUUUUUUCUCUCCCUCCUGUGCUCUGCUGUUAUGAUCUGUGUUUGUUGGAGCAACACACCCACCUGGGUGCAGCAAAUUGCAACCAAAAACUGAAACAGGGUCUCGGUACAGGAGGGUAUUAUCAGAAAGGUGGACUGGAGCUCUUGUUGGGAAGGAGGCUCUUGUUAGAGUGGACUAACCUCACGAUCAGCUGGAUGCCACUUCUUUCUUCCUACAGUGCAACAGGAUGUGUGACCCGAAAGGAACCAAUAGGGACCCAGGAAGUGCUAGCUAAUGAGGACAAGGUGCUGGGUUGUCUGUUUGACACUUUGAUCAUGAAGAAAAGUAUCAUGGGAAAUUAUUAAACACUUAAGUAGACCCACUCAGCACUGGCUGGCGCUGACAACUUCAGUGACAGUCUGCCAGCAUCAUGCCAUCUGAGCAAUUCUGACAGUAAACUUGCGCUAUACUUGUGUUAUGUCAAGUUCAUCGCCUCAUGUGGAUGAUUUGUAUGAACAUAUCUCUCAACAUUGAAUGCCAUGGCUACGGCAGCAUGGUAUCAUCGUGACAUCAGCCGUGUGCAUGCAGAGGACUUGCUGGCACGGGCAGGGAGGGAUGGCAGCUACCUAGUGAGAGACAGUGAGUCUGUGCCAGGAGCCUAUGCAUUGUGCCUGCUGUUCCAACGUCAUGUUCACACCUAUCGUAUUCUUCCCGAUGCAGACGGCCUUCUGGCAGUUCAGACAACACAGGGGGUGCAGGUAAACUGUUUCCGGACACUGGAGGACUUGGUGUUGGGGUACCAGCAUCCCCACAAAGGCCUCGUCACACCUCUGCUCUACCCUGUUCCCCGUGACACAGAAACAGGGGAUGAGAGCUCAGAUGACGAGAGGCCGCCUCCAGUUACAGCCUCUGCCAACACAGCGCUUUUAUCAGGACCACCAGCUAAACCAGGCCCUCCUGCCCCAUUCCUGGAUAAAUUACACGAGCUGAACACAUCCAGUACUGCGGGUGACGUGAUUGGUCUGCUCAAUGACUACCUCUUCAGUGAGCUGCCUCUCGACAUUGAGAAUGUGCAUAAAGGGGCAACAACUCUAUGCCACCUCAAGCGUACUCUGGGUACCGCUUGCCAAGGCCUAAACAAUGAGAUUGACCUGACUCUGUCAAGUCUGGAAACCCUUGCCAAGGUCUUCGACCAUCCUAGCUGCUCUUUAACACACACCAAGGCACAGGGUCCAGAGAUGGACAUAGACACCUUGUUGUCUAAGAUUUCUGCGUUGGUCAGCCUCCUUUCUUCGCUGGAGAAAAAGGUGUUAAAAGCACUACAAGAUGCGGUGACCAAUCACAAUCUGGCAGUCCAGCCUAAUCCACCCCCGCCUGAACCAACACCCAUCAACAUACCACCUGUAAAGAACCAUGCCAGACCCACACCAGUCCACUCCUUUCAGGUGAAGAUGGUGAGGUAUGGCAGACAGACUGUUUCUGUUGAUGUGGACACAGGAGUACUGCUUUUUGACAGGAAGGCUGGUUCUUUUGGUAUAGAGAGGGUGUCACACGACAGAAUCCUUCAGAUUGUCAAGUUCCAGAGCAGUCCAGCCAAGGUACGCAUGGUGGUUGACAGCCACCACAACACACCACGGGAGAUGGCGUUUGAGAGUGCACGGAAACGUGACUCCUUCUGUCAACUCCUCCAAAUGAUGAAAACCAGGCACUCUCAUCUGAGUGAACCUGAGAUGGUCUCUGUGUUUGUUGGCACCUGGAAUAUGGGUGGUUCCCCUCCUCCUCGCAGCCUGCAGACAUGGGUGACCUGCUGUGGUUUGGGACACACCCCUGACGAAUCGACCGCCUUGCUCCCGCAUGACAUCUACGCCUUGGGGACUCAGGAAAACCCUCAAGGGGAGAGAGAGUGGACAGAACACAUCAAAGCAACCCUUCGCAGCUACACUCACAUUGACUUCAAACAAGUGGCAGUACAGUCCCUCUGGAAUAUGAGGCUGGCUGUGUUUGUGAAGCCGGAGCAUGACAGUCUCAUCAGCCAUGUGAACACAGCCAGUGUGAAGACUGGCUUGGGGAACACAUUGGGAAACAAGGGAGCUGUUGGCGUCUCCUUCCUCUUCAAUGGAACAUCUUUUGGGUUUGUUAACUGCCACCUGACCUCUGGAAGCGAGAAAGUCCUGAGGAGGAACCAGAACUUCGUGGACAUCCUCAGACUGCUGUCUCUGGGUGACAAACAGCUCGGUGCCUUCGACAUGAGCCUGCGCUUCACUCACCUCUUCUGGUGUGGAGACCUCAACUACAGACUCGACUUGGAUGCACAGGACAUCCUGAAACACGUGUCUAAGAGAGAGUUUGAUGAGCUCAUGUGUGCAGACCAGCUGACCCGAGAGAGACACAAGAGGAAGGCCUUUCUCAAUUUCAAGGAAGAAAAGAUUACAUUUCCGCCGACCUAUCGGUACGAACGGGGCUCUAGAGACUGCUACCUAUGGCAAAAGUACAAGACUUCAGGGGUGCGAGUCAAUGUUCCGUCAUGGUGUGAUAGGAUCCUGUGGAAGUCCUACCCAGAGACACACGUAAUAUGCACUGCAUAUGGUUGCACAGAUGACAUCUUCACCAGCGAUCACUCACCUGUUUUUGCCACGUUUGAAGUAGGAGUGACAUCACAGUUCAGCUCCAAAACAGAUCAAAAUCCAAGCAUGGAGAGGGCCUGGAUAGAGCUAGAAGGCAUGGAGGCCAUUGUGAAGACAGCAAGCAAAGCAAAGUUCUUCAUUGAAUUUCAUUCAUCUUGCCUUGAAGAGACACGACGCUCAAGUGAGAAUGACUCACAGAGCUGUGAUGUCCCUGGGUUUCUGAAACUUGGCUGGUCCUUCAAACAACUGCCCAAGCUUCUUCCAAUCAUGUCUGACAUGGAGUAUCUUCAGGAUCAGCAUCUGCUGUUGUCUGUCAAGUCAUGUGAUGGGUUUGAGUCAUACGGUGAAUGCUGUGUAGCUCUGCGCUCGCUCACUCGUGCAUCAGAGCAGUUUGAGACAUUUCUGAGUCACCGAGGUGAGGAGAUGGGCUCCAUAAGAGGACGGGUGAGAGUCCAUGUGCCCAAGGACAGGCGAGGAACGCGCGAAAGGAUCUAUGAGUGGUUCUGUUUUGAGAAAGAUGACAAACGUCCUGUGAGGGGACACAUGUCUCCUGCAUCCACACGGGUCCCAAUAAACAGGUCCUCUGCAGUUCCUCCGAAACUAACCCCGAGCAGCUACACCAAUCCCGCCUACUUCAUCUUUGAAGGUGUGUCAGUGGCACACAGGGUGGAGGAGGCUCUUCCCCAGCAAAAGGACCCCCAGGUAAUCUGGUCUGGUAAGGAGGCCUUGCAGCUCCCAAAAAUCUCUGGACGUCAGGGCUUUGACAGAGGACUCUGUCGCAGAUCGGACUUUACAGAGAUUGAAAUUCCAGCCAUCCUGCCCCAGUACACUCCAACCAAUGACCUUCAUAAACCCCAAACCAACUCCUCUUAUCAGCUUUUUCCUGCCAAAGACCCGUGUCCCAUAUCUCCACCCUCGAGUAAUACCAUCUCACAGUACCAGGAACAAACUUCACAACCCAGAGACAAAUACCAAGGUAAGAAUGUUGUUCAGGACUCCAUACUGCCUGAGAAGAACCUGAGGAACUUGUAUAUGAAUCACUCAGCAAUCAUCAGGGAAAAAGCCAGAAGGGAUCAACAUCAGCUUCUUCCAGAGAGGACCAAUCCUAUCCGGGCAGCCAAGGCGCCGUCAGCUCUUCCCUACACGCCAACACACUUAGCACGCUGUCAGGCUACGGCUACCUGGAUGGUGGAUCCGCAGCCACCUGGGCCUACAGGGGACAACUCCCUCACUGCUUUGCAAAUUGCCAAGUCCCUUAGCGAAGUUGACUUCUUCCCCACAGAGCAGAAAGGCCCAGCCAUACACAACCAGAGGCCAAAUUAUAGAAAUGGCCCUUCAAUGCAUGGAGAUAGAGGCUAUGGCUGGGAGAAAGAGGUGUCCGUCCUCCAGGGUGCACCGGAGACAGUGCAGGAACUUCUCAGUACUCUGGGUCUUCAGAAAUACACCCUAGGACUCAGCCUCAAUGGCUGGGAUGAUCUGGAUUACUUCAGCGGCAUCACUGAGGAGGAUCUACGUGCUGCAGGAGUGACGAACCCCUCGCACCGACGCAGGAUCCUCGAGAACCUGCCCAGGAACUGGAACUGACAUACAGAGAUGACAGACACUGAUGGUGCCAAGCCUCGCAGUCUGCUCAAUUCGAACUGGAAGAACCGCGAAGAACUGAGUGAUGAAGAGGGGGCAGACUGAUCGGAUAUCGAUCACAGCAGCUGGACUUUACCUCGGCCCCUGCCGUCCUUUCAUUUACUCAAUCGAUACUGCAACAGUAGUUUGUCCGUGUCAACACAAACAAAGGGAACACAACGCAGGAAGUACUCAUUGCACAGUCUGCUUUAUUCAUCUGUCCAUCUUGACAGAUAAUGAAAGAGGUGGGUGACAUGAAUGAAAAGCCUUUAUGUAUCUCGAGUUUCUGACACAUGCACAAAUGUUUAUUGUCUCAUUGAUUUUGUUUUAAAUGAUUUUUAAAUGACUAUAAAAAAAAAAUAUAGGUCUUCAGCUUCCAGUGUUCACUCAAGGUUAGUGUUUACCAUUUACCUUCAUCCCUUCUACUGUGUGCUUUCCAUUACUCUGCUACUAUUGAGCCUGGACCUGAACUUGUAAAAGCCCUCUAUUAAAUCUAUGGAGCAUAAAAUCCAUAGUUGUACUUAUCUACUGGAACAUUGUCUGUAAAGUUGGUGUAGAAGGACCUGCCAUAUCUCAUUUUGUUUACUGUCUCCUACUGUUGCUAUCAUGUUACUUAAUCAGUACCUAUGCCCACUGUGCAUGUUUUAUGCAACCUUUAUGAAGUAAAGUGCAUAAAGCAACUCUUGACUGUCACCAAGCAGG